UCAGAGCACAAAACGUUAAUCACCCAAUUCGAUCAACUGACUGGACUCUGUUACCGAAACCAUGGAUUUCGUCUUCAACCUCUUAUCCCUCUUCCUAUUCAUCUCAUUCACCGGAUUGGUUGUAGCAGUCUCCACAGAAUGGAAAAGGAAGAGGUCCUUGUCAUCUAGAGGCGCGAAACUGCCUCCCGGGCCGUGGAGGCUUCCGCUCAUCGGAAGCAUGCACCACCUAGUCGGCGCCUUCCCGCUCCGGCGAUUACGAGAGCUCGCCGAGAAACACGGCCCCCUCAUGCACGUCCAGCUCGGAGAAGUCUCUGCCGUCAUCGCCUCCUCCCCUGAUAUGGCGAAGGCGAUUUUGAAGACCCACGACCUCGCCUUCGCCUCCCGGGCAAAACUCCUGCUCCCGGAGAUCAUCUGUUACCGGCGAUCGGACAUCGUGUUCUGUCCGUACGGGGAUUACUGGAGGCAGAUGCGCAAGAUCUGCAUCGUCGAGCUCCUCAGCUCUAAGAACGUGCAGAGCUUCGGUUCCAUCAGGCGUGACCAAGCGUCACGUCUCCUGGACGCCGUCGCCUCCCACGGCGGCCGACCGGUGAAUCUGACCGAACUCGUAUUCCAAUUCACGAGCUCGAUGACUUGCCGGUCGGCAUUCGGGAGCAUUUUUAAGGAGGCCGACGAGUUCAUCACUGUUAUAAAGGAGAUUCUGGCCCUGCUAGGCGGGUUCGACGUGGCGGACAUAUUUCCCUCCCUAAAAUUCCUCCACGGCCUCAGCCCAAUGAGGCGGAACAUCCUCCGGAUCCACCGGAAGGUCGACCGCAUCCUCAACGCCAUCAUUGAGAGUCACAAGAAAAGCCUCGCCGCCGGAAAUAACGGGAACGGGGAGUCAGGCGGCGAGGACUUAAUCGACGUUCUGCUGAGGAUGAAGCGUACCGACGGGCUUCAAUUCCCGAUCACCGAUGACAACAUCAAGGCGGUUGUGUUUGACCUGUUCACCGCCGGGACGGAGACGUCGUCGACGACGAUCAUUUGGGCGAUGACUGAGAUGCUGAGAAGUCCGACCACACUAGCCAAGGCUCAAGAAGAAGUGAGAAAAGCCUUCAUAAACAACCCUUCAUUCGACGUAAAAGACGUGGAAGAGCUCAAGUACGUCAAACUUGUGGUCAAAGAAACCCUCCGGCUCCACCCGCCGACGCCGCUCUCAAUCCCGCGAGAGUGCAUGGCGGAGACGGAGAUAAACGGGUACACCAUCCCGGUCAAAACAUGGGUCAUGGUCAACGUCUCGUCGAUAAGCAUUGACCCGGCUUACUGGGAGAAUGCGGAGAGCUUUGCGCCGGAGCGGUUCGAGAAUAGCGGCGUUGACUUUUUGGGGAAUAACUUUGAGUUCCUUCCUUUUGGGAGCGGGCGGAGGAUAUGUCCGGGGUUGUCCUUUGGUCUGGCCAAUGUUUAUCUUCCUUUGGCUAAAUUGCUCUUCCAUUUUGACUGGAAGCUGCCCCGGGAAACAGAGUAUUCUAAGAGCUUGGACUUGGCAGCAACGCCGGGGAUUACUGCCGGGAAGAAGGACGAUCUUUAUUUGGUGGCUACACCAUAUGUUCAAAAUUCUUAAUUAUUUAAGUUUAUUGCUUAAAUGGUUGGAGCAAUAAUGAAGGUCAAAUUUAAUUUGAAUUCUUUCUUUUAAGCUUAAUUUGUACACUUAGACAUCUGGUACUACUGCUUAGUACUUGCUAUUGAACGGUGAGGAAGUUUUUGAUUGAAAAUCAAAUUCAUCGUAAAGUUAUAACUAUGUUACAAAUUUUAUUUAUAAUGACAGGACUUUAUAUUGAUAUUAA